AUUAUCGCGCUGCUCGAACGGUAACUCAGAACUUAUUACUCUGCUUGCACACGAAGGUGGUCUCUCGUCCGGUCGGUUUCGAUUCCAGUCGAAUUUCUCGCUGGUAGACUGUGCGAAUUUUUUGUAUUUAUUUAUUUGUAUUUGUAAUUCUGGGUGAUUCUGAGCGGCCGUCGAAAUGCUAACGGGAUGGAGAUUAUCUAUAUCGAAACUUUUCCUUAUACCUCAACGGUACAUUUUGGGCAUAAUGGGGUUUUUAGCUAUAGUUAACGCUUACUCACUGAGAGUAUCCUUAAACAUAGCCAUCACAGAAAUGGUAAUUCCCGGUUCAUCCCACGUGUACGAUCCAGAUGCAUGUCCCACCGCGAGUGGGAAUUUUUCCCACAACACUAUAACGGAUACCAGUAUACUGUACGACUGGGACGAGACCACCAAAGGCCUCAUAUUGAGUUCCUUCUUUUGGGGAUACAUUGUAACUCACAUUCCCGGUGGAAUCCUGGCGGAGAAAUUCGGAGGAAAAUACUCGCUAGGACUCGGAAUAUUAUCCACUGCUAUUUUCACGCUGCUCACUCCAUGGAUUAUCACUUCCACGAACGGCAACUGGAAGGUUCUGGUAGCUGUGAGAGUUUUAGUGGGACUAGGAGAGGGUACAACUUACCCAGCUCUAAACGCUCUUCUAGCCAAAUGGGUGCCUCUAAGUGAACGUGCCAAGAUCGGAACGCUCGUCUACGCCGGGAGUCAAGUAGGCACUAUAGUAAGCAACAGCAUAAGCGGCGUUCUGAUCAACGCCACCAAAAACUGGGCAUCGGUGUUUUACCUAUUCGGCGGCGCCGGCGUCCUAUGGUUCAUAAUAUGGCAGUUGAUCUGCUACUCCGAACCAGAAUCCCACCCUUUCAUCAGCGACAAAGAGAAAGCCUAUCUCAAAAAGGAACUAGAAAAUGUAUCCCAACAACCCAAGGACAUCCCGUGGAGGUCCAUACUGAAAUCGGGUCCGCUGUGGGCGUUGAUAGCGGCCCAAGUGGGGCACGAUUGGGGCUUCUUCACGAUGGUCACCGAUUUACCCACCUACAUGAGCGACGUACUGAAGUUCAACAUCAAGGAAAACGGCAUAUGGACGUCCAUACCGUACGCCGUCAUGUGGCUGGUGUCCAUGGGCUCCGGGUGGCUGUGCGAUUGGCUGGUGUGCGCGGGAUACAUGCGAGUCACUUUCGCCAGGAAAUUCUUCACUACAGUCGCUUCGGUGGGGCCGGCUGUUUUUAUAAUGGCCGCUUCGUAUUCCGGUUGCGAUAAGUACGUGACGGUGAGCAUGUUCACCAUCGCGAUGGGCCUGAUGGGGCCCUUUUACUGCGGAAUGAAAGUGAACGCCCUGGACUUGGCGCCGAAUUAUGCAGGCACCCUUAUGGCUAUAGUGAACGGGAUAGGAGCGAUAACGGGGAUAAUUACGCCUUAUUUGGCCGGCGCGCUUACGGAAGACCAUACUCUGUAUCAAUGGAGGACGGUGUUUUGGAUUACUUUGGCCGUUUUCUUUGUGACGAAUAUAAUUUAUUGCCUGUUCGGAAGCGGCGAAGAGCAGAAAUGGAACGAUCCUCAUCGUAUUAAUAGCGCGGAUGUGGAAUCGAGAAGGUACGGAAGCGUCGUUGAUAACGGGAACGGACAGGUGAAAGAUGAAAAAGGUGAUAUCGAUAAUAGUAAUAUACACGAUGAACCAGUUACAAAACAUUCCAAAUUAUAAUAGAGAAUUCAACUGUGAUAUUUUAAAUUGUAGCUUACUUGUAAAAAAUGCAUUAUAU